AUGCCCAAAGUCAUGGAGGAUGUCGUGCUGCCCUUGGGGGGAGAGGAACCUAGCAUGGCGCGGGCCAUGGUCCGCAGCAUAGGGGGCUUUACCCUGGGCUUGUCCUUGGCCACAGCCUACGGGCUUCUGGAGCUCCUAGUGGAGGGGCAUAGCCCCUGGGGCUGCCUGGUGGGGACUGUCACUUUGGCUGCCUUCCUUAGCCUGGGCAUGGGAUUCUCCCGGCAGGUCCGAACCACUGUCUUCCUGAUGCUUCCCCAGGCCUUCUCCAAACAGGGACAGACGUUGCUGCUGUUGGCUGCCUUUGGGUUGGUGCUCCAGGGCCCUUGUGCCAACACCCUGCGCAACUUCACGAGGGCUAGUGAGGCUGUGGCCUGUGGUGCAGAGCUGGCCCUGAACCAGACUGCUGAAGUGCUGCAGCGGGCCAAGCAGCCCCUUGUCAGUGCCCUGAGCAAGAUUAAAGCUAUGGCCCAGAGGGCCAAACUGGUGGCUGACCGGGUCCGCAAGUUUUUUCGGUCAAUCAUGGAUGGCGUGAAACACGUAGCCAGGGCCCUGCGGAAUGUGUGGUAUUGGCUUCUACACAUUGGUGACGUGUGCAACUCGGAGCUGGGCAACCCUUACCAGAAGUGCGCGCGGGUUUUUGAUGACGCCAAGGACAGCUGCAUGAAGGUCAUACCACAAGCUUACCACCUGUGUUACGUGCUCAUGCCCUUCAAACUGGUGCUCUGUGGACUUGCCAGCUUGGUCCAGGUGUUCUGCGUCAUUCCCAACUACAUCCAGCCCUUCUUGCGCAAGACCAUCGGCACCCCUGUAAGGAAGAUGAUCAACCGUGUGCGACGGGAGUUCGAGUUCAAUAUGACAGCCACCCACCACUUCUCUGUGGAUCUCAAUGCCUCUCGGAGUCUGUCCCAGGUGGCUCUUGACCUCCAGGAGGCUGUCAGCAUGAAGCUGUAUCGUGCCCGGGAGGUCCUAGCUCUGAUGGGCUACACCCUGCCUCUGCUGCUGCUGCUUCUCUACCUCCAAGCCCUGUUUUACCGGUACUGUUACCUGAACUGGGACAAUUUUGACAACGUGUACAUCACCAGCCAUUUUCUGCGCAUGGAGGCUGUCCGCUCCAUGGCUGGACUGCCCACAGUGCUACCGCUCAGUGCUCAUGAGGCCAGCUGCUACAUCCAGCCAGGCUCCAUCUUUCUGUCCCGAUGGGAGCGGAUUUUUUACGUCCUGGAGACCUUCAACCUCAUUCGCCACCUCCUCCUUGUGCUGCUCCUGGUCUUCCUGGACUAUUCUGUCUUCUGGGUGCUUGACCUGGCUCGGUACCAGCUGCAGGGGGAGAUCGUGGCCCGCAGCCCUGUGUUAGUGUCUAUAACCGUGGAAGGGACUGGCUAUACCGGGAGUAUUUACCGUGACCUGGUGUCAGCAUUUGAUGUCCUACAACAAGGCAACAUCAGUAUCCUGUCCCGGCGCUGCCUCCUGCGUCCCUCAGAACCGGACACCACUGGUUAUGUAGUCAUUGGUGCCACAUACGGCCUGUGCUUCUUCGUCACCCUAUUUGGUAGCUAUGUCAGCCGGCUGCGGCGGGUCAUCUGUGCCUCCUACUAUCCAUCCCGGGAGCAGGAAAGAAUCACCUACCUCUACAACAUACUUCUACAUCGUCGAACUAACCUGUUGAUUGCCCUGCAACGGGCAGUGAGGCGGCGGGCAGCUGAUCAGGGUGCCGUGAGUGUCCUCCAAGUGCUGGCCAUCCGGUGCCCGUGCCUGAGUUUUUUUGUCAGUCAAUUUCAGCUGUGUCAGGCCCGCUGCCUGGGCUGUGGGCAGCCCCAAGAUGAAGGGGAUACGGAGAACUUUGUGUACUGCAGUACCCCAGGCUGUAGAGGUCUCUACUGCCACGUGUGCUUCCGUCUUCUGAACAACACCUGCUGGGUGUGUGCAUCCCCGUUCUCCUACCAGGGGGACCUGGACUUGGAGCUGGACUCCAGUGACGACGAGAGCCCCCGGCUGUGGCAGGCUGCAGCCCAAAGAAGGGCCCUGGAGCAGAAGCCUAUAGUGCAGCAACAGAUCCAAGAAGAGCUGGACAGGAACCUGUUAAUGGAGUCCAGUUCUGAGUCUAGUGACCUGGAUGAAGAGAAGGGGGCUCAGCAGAUGAAGCACACUCAGCAGCUCCUACCUGAAGCCCAUCGUUCUGUUGGUACUCCCAUGCCCUCUGGGCCCCACAGACCACCUGAGAAAUUCUUUGUUCCCAAAGCAGCCCGUCUCAGAACCAGAGGUCCUCUCUCACCUCCCUCUCCUCCUGAUCUCUCCCACCCGCCCCCAAAAUAAAGGAACCAAAA